CCGACGCCUUGGACGCACGCCUCACCUCAGCAGCCCUCCAGCACUCCAGCACCCCCGCCAUGUCUCUCACGACCAAGCAGCGCGCACUGGCCGCCGUGACCGGCGGCUUCGUGGCCGACGCCGCCACGAUGGGCCUGCACUGGAUUUACGACGGAGACAAGAUGAAGCAGCUCGUGGAGGCGCGCGGCGCAGCGGGCCCCGAGUUUUACGAGCCGCCCUCUUGCCCCUUCUACUCGUACGAGAGCGGCGCGCUGUCGCCGUACGGCGCCGAGAUCUUGCCGCUGCUGGAGGACGUGGCUGCGCGCGGCGAGUUCGUGCCGGAGGAGUUCGCCAUGGCGUCCUACCGCGCGGCCAAGGCCUACACGGGAUACCUGAACGGCGCGUUCAAAGAGAUGGUGGCCAAGGGAGACGCCGGCAAGAAGUACCCAGAGCUGGCAUCCCCCAGCAAGGACCUGCACGGCGGAAUCAAGGCGCCAAUUCUGGUCGCGCGCUACUUUGAGGACACGCCGCUGCUGCUGCAGAAGACGCGCGAGGCCGCGCGGGUACACGAAAUCGGGGAGGAGGCCGAGAAUGCGGCAGUGGCCACAGCGCUACUCAUCCAGCAGGUGGUGCAGGGGGUCUCGGUGACGGACGCCAUCUCGGCGCUCGCUUCCAACGAAGCCGUCAGCGCUAACACGCGUGCAUCCGUCCAGCAAGCGAUCGAUGCCGCGAAGGCAAUGAGUUUCCCGGACGCUACAGCUGCCAUCGCGCACUUCGGCAAGGCAUGCCCUUUGCCGGGGUCUCUGCAGGGCUCGCUGUUUGUGCUGUUGACAUCCAGUGGCUACGUGGAGGCGCUGCGUGCUAAUAUGUUGGCUGGCGGAGACAGCUGCAGCCGCGCUGUCGUGAUCGGUGCUGUGACCGCAGCGGCGCAAGACGGAGAUGCUGUCCCAGCCGAGUGGAAGCAGAAGGCCAAAGACUACGCGGAAGUCCAGGCACUUGCUGAGAAGAUCAUCCAGUGAUACCGAACCAUAGCUGAGGAAGGACCCACGUUAACUUCAUCCUAUGACAAGUAGCUAGUAUUGCCACAGGACCUGUUUCUUACAGAGCGAGUCCAGCAAUGUUUUUUGCCCUUCAGCGUA